CCCACAGUCCUUGCUCUCCUCCCCCACCCCGGGCCACCACCCUCGUCAUCCCUUUCAUGCCUGCUGCUGCUGCUGCAGCUGCCGCCUCCACACAUCCUGUCGGACGGAGCCAAUUGGCGCAAGGCUGGCGGCCACGAGGAGAAGGAAUAACGCGCGGCGGUGGGGGUGACGGCUCCAUGCGGGUGGGGAGGCUCAAGUUCGCCGAGUGUUAGUUGGUGGGGGCGGGGCUUGGCAGGUUGAGAAGGUGGAGCUUGGCUCUGGUACAGGAGGGCGAGUGGGCGGGGACUAAGUCGCGCUCGCGCGCGCUCUCUCUCUCUCUGCGGCUAUAAAAGCAACGAGCACCCCAGCGCUUUGCCCAGCCCAUAACCACUCUCCGUCCGAGCGAUGAGACAUCCUGCCAACGACACCGUGUCAACCGCGCACAGCACCGGCUUCGGCGCGCGACUCUCGGCCGGCUGAACGAUGCAGGGCGAAACGUGCGUCCUCCACGCGCUGGCGCCCCGCGCCCCGGCCACCCUCGACGACGACGCCGCCGCCACCUUCGGCGGGUGCAGCCGCCCCGUGAGCCCCGCGAGCCCCGCGAGCCCCGCGAGCCCCGCGAGCCCCGUGAGCCCGGCCGUGACACCUGCGGGACGCGCCAGCACUGUGGCGGGCAGGCGCUGUGCGAGCGCCCACAUCUUCUCGGGCGUGAGCGAGCGCGCCGUGCGGGGUCUGUUGUCCCGCGCCGGGGACCAGCAAGCGGUGGAGAGAGCACGGCUGGCGUGCACCGCCGCGUCCGUGUACGGCGGCGGUGAUUCCUCCGCCGACGAGACGGAGGAGCAGCUGGCGGUCACCGUGAAGGCGCUGGCGGCGUUGGAGCAGAAGAAGAGCUCGGGAUUUAGGAAGCUGCUGCGCUUCACCAAACGCUCGCUGAGAAUCAUCUGAAGAAAAGCGCCGCCCGCCCGCCUUGACGCCGCGGGUUCUCCCCCCUCGCCGCCUUGGGUCGAUGCCGCGUUGACGAGCGGGGUGGGAGGGUGGUGGUGGUGGCUGGGGAUGGGGGGAGACGCGAACGGCCACGGAGGGCGCAAGACGUGCGAACAAAGGAGAGAGACGCGCGCCGCAUUGCACCAAGCCGCCACCCACCCCCCCACCACCACCCCCCCUAGGCGCGAGUCGCGAUUUAUUUUGCGUCGUCGUCUUCCCCCGGUGUCGCCAUCCUUCCGUUCGCUGGGGGUGGAAGAGAGAACGACGUUUGCUCGCGCAAUCUGGAGCGCGAAGGAGCUCGCUCUCCUCUCUCUCUCUCCCCCUGUAGGGGAGGACACACAUGGAGAAGGUGAAAUGAAAACGCAACUGACUCUCGUGUAAUAGAUGCCCAGCGUUUUUAAGCGCCCGCGGUAGCCCCGCAAACUGAGAGACGAGCUCGUGGCCGGGAGGAAGAAGAAUAAGAAGACCAAGUCGCAUGGCGGCGUAAUUUGACGCAUCGGUGCGCAAAUGUGCAGAUGAAGGUGGAAAAGGGAGGAAGAAAGAGCGUUCAUUAAAGACCGUGAACCCUAUCCCGUACAAGAUUUACGGAGCGCCGAAAAAAAAAUAAUAUCGGGUCCGAAAGUGGUGUAAAAUCAAUGGACCACUUUGCCAAGAAAAGAUUGAGCUGUUUGCAACGGCGCGCGUUAUGUGGUGUCCGCUCGGAUUAAUUAACACAUUAUGUAUCGCAACUGUUGCUAUUGAGGCAUAACACGAUGAUGUUGCCGUUUUACUAUCGAUAGUAUGUGCUGCACCUCAUUGUUAUGCAAUGUACCCGCUGGUGUAAGAAAAAAAUGACAUGUUAAAACCGUUACCCUUAAAUAUUUAUUUGACGAGACCCAUGUUCGCAGAUUUUUUUUACGCGAUUGUCUCUGAACUAUCGUAUAGUUCAAAAUGAUGGUGUAACGAUGUGACAAUGCCGAAACCUUGUCGAUUUUGUAAGCGAGUAUUGUUACUGUAAUGUCGAGUUCCUUUUGUGUUCCGUUGUGCGGUUGUCCACACGUGCCAAAGUCAGACUUGCGAUGUGUGAACACAGCAGGUCUGUGAUUUUUUUUAAAAAAAAUACAUUUUUACAAACUAUA